UUAUUCAACGGUUCCAUGCCUUCCUCCGUUGGUAAGUUCUCAAAUCUCACUGAAUUAUAUCUCGGUAGAAAUUCUCUUGAAGGUGUUAUUUCAGAAGUUCAUUUUGAGAAUCUUACAAGAUUGCGAUGGUUGGACUUGCGUGACAACUCCAUCACCAUAUCCAUUGGACAGAGUUGGGUCCCCCCUUUCCAACUCAGAUACGUAGAUUUAACCAAAUGUCAGUUGGGACCUCAAUUUCCAGAAUGGUUGCAGUUUCAAACACAGAUCGAAGAAUUAUAUUUGGCAGACUGUAAAAUUGCAGGGACAAUGCCAGCUUGGCUUUGGAAUAUUUCAUCUUCUACCAUCACAGAGUUAGACCUUUCCAACAACCAAAUAGGAGGCAAGCUGCCAUCUUCUUUGAACUUCACCAAGUUGGAAAUGUUAUAUUUGGAAUCCAACAGAUUUGAAGGUCCAUUGCCGACGAUGCUACCGUCUACACUUCAAACUCCAUACCUCUCCAAUAAUUCCUUUACAGGGCAAUUGCCGAUAUGGCCCCAUGUUCACUCAGUGGCACUCUCAGAUAAUAUGCUUGAUGGUGGCUUAUCUUCAUCAAUCUACCAAUGGAUAUAUCUCGAACACCUUGACCUUUCGAACAACAAAUUACUUGGUGAAAUCCCUUAUUGUAUGGGAAAAUCAUUACAAAAUCUUUAUUUCUUGAAUUUGGACAACAAUCACAUCUCGGGUGAAAUUCCACACACGAUCGGUUUUUUAAGUGAGCUUCGGCUAUUGCAACUGAAAAAUAACAGUUUUUCGGGUGAGGUUCCUUUGUCAUUGAAAAAUUGUACAAAGUUACAAUUUCUUGAUCUGGCUCAAAAUAAUCUUGUCGGAAGUAUAAUGCUAUGGAUGGGAGAAAAUCUACGACAAUUGGUAGUACUUCGUCUACGUUUAAAUAUGUUUUUUGGAGUUAUUCCUUGGCAACUUGCUCGAUUUGAACAGCUUCAAAUAUUGGAUCUUGCCAAUAACAACUUCUCUGUAUCAAUACCUCACAACAUUGGUAAUUUAAGUACCAUGAGAUCGACAUCACAAUAUAAUGAUUUUUAUUAUGAUGAAUUAGAUGUCAUUACGAAGGGACAAGAUCUUCAUUAUUUACGAUGCAGCAUAAGUUUUAUGAAAAGUUUGGAUCUUUCAAACAAUAGACUAACCGGAGAGAUACCAAAAGGAAUCGGAGAACUCACGGGACUCAAGAACUUAAAUUUGUCAAGAAAUCAUUUACAAAGUAAAAUCCCUCGGGAGAUAGGAGGAAUGAAAUCAUUAGAAUCUCUUGAUCUAUCGAUAAAUGAUCUUUCUGGUAGUAUUCCUGAGAGCUUAUCGGCUUUAUAUUCUUUGAGCUAUUUGAAUUUGUCAUAUAAUAACCUUUCAGGAAUGAUACCAUCUGGUAAUCAACUCCAAACUUUUGUUGAUCCAUCCAUCUAUAUGGAAUUUUGUCAAAUAACCGACUCAAUGGGCCUAUUCCAGCUUCUUCUGUGUGAUGGACAAUCAAAAGGAUUGCUUGAGUUGAGGUUUGUGCUGUAG